AUGAGCAGACAAAAAUCCGAGGCAACCGACUUCAACCCUAAAUCCCAGGAACAACACAUAUCGCAAAGGCUCGAGCAAAUACAACAACAACAACAACAACAGAUAGCGACAUCAUUGGCAUCGAACCUUAAAAAUCAUACAUCCCAUAAAUCCACUUCCUUUUAUGAUAAAGUAGAUAUUAGAAAUCCAUUAGGAGAUGUAGUUAAACUAAAAGUGAAGAAACUUUAUAACAAUUUCCUCCAAAUAAAACCACUCCAACAUCACCGACUUAGAAGAUGGGAUACGCUGGGUGCAACAUGGAAAUGGAUCGCAGGGUCGCCGGACGCGCAGGACCUCCGCAUUAUAAACUCCACGCUCAAUGAGUUAAUCACACAGAACAACCAACAGUUUGAAGUAAACAAUCAUAUCAACGAAAGGAUUUCAUACCUGACGGGGACCAUCAACAGAAUCAUCGAGAAAAUGAAAACGAAUGAAUUAUUAACCAACGAGAUCACAUCAAUAAUCACGAUAAUUAAUAUCGAUAUCAUCAAUAAACUAUUAGAAGACAUUCAAGAGGCCAUCAUCCUAUCUAAGACGUCAAUAUCAACAAAUAAAAUACUUUCGAUUCAAGAAAUCUCUUUUAUAAAGUCAUUAUUACAAAAUCAAGGCGUGACAAUAGACCUCCCAGACGACGCCUUUCAACAUGUAAUUCCCAAAUUUGCAGUAAGCCAAGGGACCCUUCUGUACAUCCUUCAUGUUCCCCGACUGGACAACAAGACAUCCUCCGUUAUUCAGCUGCACCCCUUAGUACACAGGAACCAAAUCAUCAACAACUAUCCGGAGCAUGUCGUCAAAAUCGGAAACACCCUUUACGCUACUAGCAAUCCGCAGCAGUUCGUUCAGAAAGCAGCAUAUUUGAAAGCAAUAAACGACGCUUGCAUUUACCCACUGAUUUUUGGUACGCUCUUGAUUCAAAACGCAAAAGACAACCUCCUACGAAGCAACUGCGGACCAGAUGAUCGCACUUUAGUUGGAAAUUUCUUAAUAACAUUUUCAAAUUGUACUAUCAACUUGAACAACCAAUCAUUCCAGAACAACGAAGUAGUACACGAAAUGGACGUCAUCCACGGGGCACUCCAUAACGUCAGAACGACCUGGAACAAACAUCACUAUUUCGACAUAUCAACAAUUGAAUAGAGCAAACGGAUCGGGACGAUCCUCACUUAGGGAGAGACCAGUUACCGAGGCAACCGACUUCAACCCUAAAUCCCAGGAACAACACAUAUCGCAAAGGCUCGAGCAAAUACAACAACAACAACAACAGAUAGCGACAUCAUUGGCAUCGUUAGAAUCAGGCAACAAGUCAACAGACACACAAUUCUGCACUCCGUAACCCGACGCCAGAACCAGCACC